AUGGACGACCAGCAGGCUCGCGUUGCAGACUAUCUCGACGACAAGCUGCAGACGCAGCGCGACCUCGACUCGCUCGACGACCUAUUGGCCACCAUCACCGCCCAACACGGUGUCUUGAAGCAACAGCUAGACGACGCCCAACGAGAUCUUCACGAUGCGAAACACGCUUCCCACAAACACCACGCCGACCGUACUCAACAGGCCGACCGCUUCUGGCAGGACCAGACCGACAUUGACCGCCGCCUGCUGGUUCUGACGGCCUCAGACACCAGUGACAAAGCCGUUGAGAACUUCCAAGAGGUACUUGACACGCUACAACGCCUGGAUGUCGCCAAUGAGUAUGUCGAAUUGCUCGCCCAGGUAGACGCACUCGACAAGCAGGCCCACGCCCAGCUCCAGACGUCCAAUGAAGCCGCCCUUGAGCCAUACAAGCAGCUGCGCGCCUUGCACACCCGUCUGCUCAACCUGCAGGACGACGCAGAAGGUGCGGGUAUCCAUCUGCUCAACCACAUCGGCAACAUCACCCAGGCCCUGCGUACCACCAUCCUCGAUGCCUUCUCAGCAGACCUCGACCGCACGCUCAAAAAGAUACAUUGGCCCACACCAAAGGCCACCAUACCCGACCACCUGCGCGAGGAAUGGGAAACUGCCGUCAUCAAGCUGCUCGACCUGCAGCUGCCGGAGCUCGACGGCAUGAGCUACGCCAGCCGUCCCGGGGACAAGGUUACGCUGCCUCCCGUGCUCUUUCCCGUGCAGAUCCUAGUACAGCCGCUUGAGAUGCGGUUCCGCUAUCAUUUUGACGGCGACAAGCCCACGAACCGCAUUGAUAGGCCCGAGUACUUCCUCUCACACAUUACCACGCUUUUGAACGACUACAGCGCAUUCGUCACCGACCAUGUGCAACCCAUCCUGUUCCGCCACUUCCGAGGCACCCACCUUGCGCUUAACCCCGUCUAUAUCGAUGCAAUGUCCGCUUUUAUCACGGCCCUACUACCCAUGUUGCGCGCCAAGAUCAGCUCGCUAUUACCCAAAGUCGCCGGUCAGCCCCAGCUGCUCAGCCAUCUUAUGCAUGAGCUUAUGAGCUUUGACCUGACCAUCAAAGACACCUGGGGCUACGACGGCGGCUAUGGCGUCGACGGAUGGAAAGGCCUGUCAUGGGAGUUUCUCGUCCAGGGCGAUUGGUUUGGACGAUGGCUGCAGGUGGAAAAAGACUUUGCACUGUCUCGCUAUCAAAAUAUCGUCGAAGCUCCCGACUUUGGUGAUCUUGACUACGACAGCGUAGAUCCAAAAGCCACAAAACCCACCAAGGGAGCGAUCCGCGUCAAUGACCUGCUUGAAACCAUAACCGACAUUCAGAUUGCCAUCUUUGACAAACUCCAUGAGAGACUGCAGAGCAAUCUGGAAGCGUAUCUGUCAUUGACCACGUCACUGGGUCGUGCUAUGGGCGGUGUGACCAAGGGGGAACAGGAAAAGCUGCUUGGCGUCCAAGGACUUGAGCGCCUUUGCAAGACGUACGGCAGUGCUGACUAUCUUGAACGGGCAAUGCGUGACUGGAGCGACGAUGUGUUCUUCCUUGACAUUUGGGAGGGCUUACAAGAUCGUGCUCGUGGCAAGACUAGUAAUAUUGGUACUAUGAGCGUUGCCGACGUCGCCGAACGCACGUCAAGAAACGUCGAGAACGACGAUGGCGGCUCGCUCUUUGACGAAACGGCAUCGUGGUACGCACGCCUCCGUGACCGCAGUGAAGGCAUCAUCAUCGAUACGUUGAACAGCAACGUCCGUGAGGCCUUGCGCCCAUAUCGGAACAUCAACCCGUGGGCCACUCUAAGCGGCCCUUCCGCUUCAGCCUCCAACGCCACCGACCUGUCCCCCACAGCAGAGAUUGACCCACUACUUACUUACCUCCGUACCACGCUAUCCUUUCUCUCCCGCGCACUUGCAACUGCGCCACUGCGCCGCAUCACUCGCGCUGUCCUGACCACCAUCUCUACGGUGAUUUGGGAUAACGUGCUGACUAGCAACCGCUACCGCUUCUCCACCCAAGGUGCCGCACAACUCAGUGUCGAUCUUGGAGCCGUAUGUCGCGUAGUAAAUGAACAUGUCGGACCAUUUGUAGCAGAAGCCGGGCUCCGCAAAUGCCUCGAAGGCGUCAAACUAGUAGGUCUACCCGUCAAAGGCAGCCCCGGCAGUCAAUCAGCGGUAGGCCGAAACGAGAAGUCUACACAUGACGCCAGUGGCGACGACGAGGAAUGGGAUACUGAGGCGUGGGGCGCGGAAGACGGAGACGAUGAGGCGCCGCGGGAUGAUGGUCCGCAAAAAGCAAGUGCCAACCGAGAGCAGACGUCAUCUGAGGGUGACGAUGGUAUCGAGUUGGGCCUCUGGGAGGUGGAGAGGCGAGUUUUCGCGGACAAUCAGUCGGCAAGGGAUGUACUGGAUGAGUUGGGCUUGGAACUAUUGGACGAGAAGGAGGCUCGGGCAUUGAUGAUGCUGAGGGUGGAGUUGGCGGGUUAGUCUGGGAUGGAAUUGAUGUGAUUGCACAUGUUCCGUGUCAUGGAAAUAUGGAAGUCGUGCAUGUUCGUCAUGGGCAUGUGCCUUGCUACUUUCUAGGAAGGCGGUGUCGUGAAUCGAGAUGUCGCCUAAUUAGAUUACUGAGAAGAGCUCAAAAAGAAAGCUUUGUAUC